AUGUUUAACACUCUUGAGGAUUUGCGCAUCUUGAAUUACUUCAAAGUGUCGCAUAGAUCUUGCAAAAACUCAACGCCGAUUGAAAUUUAUUGGUCGCCACCUGAAGUUGGAGAAAUUAUUAUUUGUUGCGAUGGUGCCUCCCUUGGUAAUCCAGGUCAGGUUGGUGCGGGAGUUUGUUUUAGAGAUUCUAAUGUCGUAGUGCUUGGUUCUCUUUGUAUUGGACUUGGUUGGAGGACAAAAUUUUAUGUUGAGGUUUGCGUUAUUAUUUACGGCCUAAUGUUGGAUAAAAGAUGGAAUAUUACGAAGAUUUGCAUUAGAUCAGAUUCGAUGAGUUUCAUAAAAUCUUUGCAAAAAGGAGAACUUUCAUGGGAGUUGGCUCAGAGGUGGAGGAUGACGCGUGCCUUUUAUAGUAGCAUUCGUUAUAUUCAUAGUUAUAGAGACGCUAAUUUCACUGAUGAUGCCUUGGACAAACAAGCUUGUUUGUUGGUUGAGGAUAUUUUUGAAUUUUAUGAGGGUAUGCCAGCGUUCAUUCAAGCUAUUGAAUGGCCUGACAAGGUGUAUUACCGUUUUAAAUAG